AUGUGUGAGGUGAUGCCCACGAUCAACGAGGGAGACCCUCUGGGCCCCCCUCAUGGCGCCGACGCCGACGCCAACUUUGAGCAGCUGAUGGUGAACAUGCUGGAUGAGCGAGAGAAGUUACUGGAGUCCCUCCGUGAGAGCCAGGAGACGCUGGCGGCCACGCAGAGCCGCCUCCAGGAUGCCCUGCAUGAGCGGGACCAGCUCCAGCGUCACCUUAACUCUGCCCUCCCCCAGGAAUUUGCCACUUUAACCCGCGAGCUGAGCAUGUGUCGGGAGCAGCUUCUAGAGCGGGAGGAGGAGAUCUCAGAGCUGAAAGCAGAACGAAAUAACACAAGGCUGCUUCUGGAACACCUGGAGUGCCUGGUGUCUCGUCAUGAACGGUCACUGCGGAUGACGGUGGUGAAGCGCCAGGCCCAGUCACCUUCAGGGGUCUCCAGUGAGGUGGAGGUCCUGAAGGCCCUCAAGUCGCUGUUCGAGCACCACAAAGCCUUGGAUGAGAAGGUGCGAGAGCGGCUCCGGGCAGCGCUGGAGCGAGUGAGCACGUUGGAGGAGCAGCUGGCAGGUGCCCACCAGCAGGUGUCUGCCCUGCAGCAGGGGGCAGGGGUGCGGGACGGAGCGCCAGAAGAAGAGGGGACUGUGGAGCUGGGGCCCAAACGUCUCUGGAAGGAGGAUGCCGGCCGGGUUGAGGAGCUACAGGAACUUCUGGAGAAGCAGAACUUUGAGCUGAGCCAGACCCGGGAGCGACUGGUCACCCUGACAGCAACUGUGACUGAAUUAGAGGAGGACCUGGGUACGGCCCGCCGGGACCUCAUCAAGUCUGAGGAGCUGAGCAGCAAGCAUCAGCGGGACCUCCGUGAGGCUCUGGCCCAGAAGGAGGACAUGGAGGAGCGGAUCACCACACUGGAGAAGCGCUACCUGGCUGCUCAGCGAGAGGCCACAUCUAUCCAUGACCUCAAUGACAAGUUGGAGAAUGAGCUCGCCAAUAAGGAAUCCCUCCACCGGCAGUGUGAGGAAAAGGCCCGGCACCUACAGGAACUGCUGGAAGUGGCUGAGCAGAAGCUGCAGCAGACUAUGCGGAAGGCAGAGACACUGCCGGAGGUGGAGGCUGAGCUGGCCCAGAGAAUUGCAGCCCUCACCAAGGCUGAAGAACGGCAUGGCAACAUUGAGGAGCACCUGAGGCAGCUGGAGGGGCAGCUGGAGGAGAAGAACCAGGAGCUGGCACGGGUGCGCCAGCGGGAGAAGAUGAAUGAGGACCACAACAAGCGGCUGUCAGACACGGUGGACCGGCUGCUUAGCGAGUCCAACGAGCGCCUGCAGCUCCAUCUGAAGGAGCGCAUGGCUGCCUUGGAGGAAAAGGGCCGCCUGUCUGAAGAGAUUGAGAAGCUGCGCCAAGAGGUGGACCAGCUGAAGGGUCGAGGGGGGCCGUUUGUGGAUGGCAUCCACUCCAGGUCACACAUGGGCAGUGCAGCGGACGUGCGGUUCUCCUUGGCCACAGCCACCCACACGGCCCCCAGUCUGCAUCGCCGCUACUCCGUGCUGCGGGACGAGCCUGCCAAGGACUGGGAGCCAUCUCCACUGCCUGGGGUGCUGGCCCCCAAGGCCACCCCUGCCUUUGACAGUGACCCCGAGAUCUCGGACGUGGAUGAGGAUGAGCCAGGGGGGCUGGUGGGCUCCGUGGAUGUUGCCUCCCCCAGCAGCCACUCUGAUGCCCAGACUCUGGCCAUGAUGCUUCAGGAGCAGCUGGAUGCCAUCAAUGAGGAGAUCAGGAUGAUCCAGGAAGAGAAGGAGUCCACUGAGCUCCGUGCUGAGGAGAUUGAGACGCGUGUGACCAGCGGCAGCAUGGAGGCCCUGAACCUGACGCAGCUGCGCAAGCGCGGGUCCAUCCCCACCUCCCUGACUGCCCUGUCCCUGGCCAGUGCAUCGCCCCCGCUCAGCGGCCGCUCCACACCGAAGCUUACCUCCCGAAGUGCCGCCCAGGACCUGGACCGAAUGGGGGUCAUGACCCUGCCCAGUGACUUAAGGAAGCAUAGGAGGAAGCUGCUGUCGCCAGUGUCUCGGGAAGAGAACCGAGAGGAUAAAGCCACCAUAAAAUGUGAGACUUCUCCUCCUUCCUCACCCAGGACACUGCGGCUAGAGAAGCUUGGUCACCCAGCCCUGAGCCAGGAGGAAGGCAAGAGUUCCUUGGAGGAUCAGGGCAGCAACCCCAGCAGCAGCAACAGCAGCCAGGACUCCUUACACAAGGGCGCCAAGCGCAAGGGCAUCAAGUCGUCCAUCGGCCGCCUGUUUGGGAAGAAGGAGAAGGGCAGGCUGAUCCAGCUGAGUCGGGAUGGAGCCACGGGCCAUGUGCUCCUAACAGAUUCCGAGCUUAGCCUGCAGGAGCCCAUGGUCCCUGCCAAGCUGGGGACCCAGGCAGAGAAGGACCGGCGGUUGAAGAAAAAACACCAGCUGCUUGAAGAUGCUCGCAGGAAAGGAAUGCCCUUUGCCCAGUGGGAUGGCCCUACUGUGGUCUCCUGGCUGGAGCUCUGGGUGGGCAUGCCUGCCUGGUACGUAGCAGCCUGCCGAGCCAAUGUCAAGAGUGGUGCCAUCAUGUCCGCCCUGUCCGACACGGAGAUCCAGCGGGAGAUCGGGAUCAGCAACGCCCUGCACCGGCUCAAGCUCCGGCUGGCCAUUCAGGAGAUGGUGUCACUGACCAGUCCCUCGGCCCCACCCACCUCCAGGACUUCUUCUGGAAAUGUCUGGGUCACCCAUGAAGAGAUGGAAACGUUGGCAACAUCUACUAAAACAGACAGUGAGGAAGGCAGCUGGGCCCAGACCCUGGCCUAUGGGGACAUGAACCACGAAUGGAUUGGGAAUGAAUGGCUCCCCAGCCUGGGGCUCCCCCAGUACCGCAGCUACUUCAUGGAGUGCCUGGUGGACGCCCGCAUGCUGGACCACCUCACCAAGAAGGACCUGCGUGUCCACCUGAAGAUGGUAGACAGCUUCCAUCGAACCAGUCUUCAGUACGGCAUCAUGUGUCUGAAGAGGCUGAACUACGACCGGAAGGAGCUGGAGAAGAGGCGGGAGGAGAGCCAGCACGAGAUCAAGGAUGUGCUGGUCUGGACCAACGACCAGGUGGUUCACUGGGUCCAGUCCAUUGGGCUUCGGGACUAUGCAGGAAACCUGCAUGAGAGUGGCGUGCAUGGUGCCCUGCUGGCCUUGGAUGAGAACUUCGACCAUAACACACUGGCCCUGGUCCUCCAGAUCCCCACACAGAACACCCAGGCACGCCAGGUGAUGGAAAGAGAGUUCAACAACCUACUGGCCUUGGGCACAGACCGGAAACUGGAUGACGGGGACGACAAGGUGUUCCGUCGUGCGCCCUCCUGGAGGAAGCGCUUCCGGCCUCGGGACCACCACGGCGGUAUGCUCAGCGCCUCCGCAGAGACCCUCCCCGCUGGCUUCCGCGUGUCCACGCUGGGACCCCUGCAGCCGCCUCAGGCCCCGCCAAAGAAGAUCAUGCCUGAAGCUCACUCCCACUAUCUCUACGGACACAUGCUCUCCGCCUUCCGGGACUAGCCACGGCCCCCAGGGCCGGCUCCCUUCUUCUGGGCUUCGUGCCUCUGCCGGCCCUGACCCCUCCUGCUCGUUCCCCUUCCUCCCACGGCUCCUAGUCUCGUCUGUGACUUUCCAGUUGCCCUGGAUCUCAGAAUAUUCUCGUCUACCCCCUCGACAUCCCACUACCCUCAGGUCCACCCUGUGUCCUCUGUAAGUCUUUGGUGGGCUCGCCUGGGGCUGCCCACUGGGGUGGAGGUACCCAGGUUGACCAUGCUUGGACUCCAGGGGAGGAGAGGACCUCUACCCCAAGGCGGUGUGACUCUGCCCUCUCUCUUCUGGGCUUUGCCUGGUCAGGACUUCGACCUCCACCAGGGACCAGGACCUGAUGCCAAGAGCUGGGGCUGGCCUUUCCAAGAAAAGGACACCUCAGAUUCUGCCCGUCUUGGGCUAUUCUGCCUUCUGGGUCUCUGUCCACAUCUUGGCUGUGCCGGAUGGUUUGACAUCUGGCUUGGUGUCCCCAGUAUUAUCCUUCCCCCAGCCCACCCACAACUGCAGCGCCGGCCUCCAGUAUCUCCUCAGGGACCGAGAGGCAGAAGGUCACAUUCUCCCUCAGGACAGUGAGGCUGGGGAGGAGAUCCGAGGUAGAGGUACUGUGCUCUGGCUCAAGCUGACGCCCAUGUAUGAGUUUGGGAAGAAUCAAAAGAAAUGGGGCUCCAAGCUUGGAACCAUGGGUGAGGAUGGGGAAAUCCUCAGCCCUC